AUGCCUCCGCCACACGCAGCAAGGCGUGGGCGCAGCCACAGCGGCGGUGUCAACGUCUCGGAGCGGCAGCCGAACCGCUCUGCCUCACCUCGCAACGGCGGCAACCACAGCAGUCGCCCACGCAUCCCCGCAGCGCACGCACAUGGCGAGCGGAACGCCUCCGGGGCCAGCCGCGGGCGCGGAACAAAUCCGCACAAGUCCGGGGCGCUGCGGCUCAAGAAAGGGCUGACAAAGUACCACGAAAAGAAGUUCCGCGAGCAGCGCGGCCGUCAGCAGACGCAUCAGCACAGCGGCGCCUCGCGCAUCCACGCGGACCCGGCGCGCAGCGGUAGCAGCAAUCAAACUCGCCCCCCCCGCAUGGCGAGCUCCAGCCGCACCAAGGAUAUCGAUAUCAACCUCGCCGCCAAGGUGUCAGCGGAUCUGAGGGAAAGCCUCAACGUCUUCAAGACCCGUCGCGCCAACCAGAGUGUCUUCUGCCAAGACCUCAACAAGCGUCUCUUUCGCUUCGUGCCACCGCCACUCAUCCAGCAGCACAUGCCCGAUUCCGUCUCGUCCUUUCGCACGUACCUGUCGCGGUUCCAGAAGGGCGCGCCGACGAUGGUGAGCGCGUUUCUGUCGUGGUACGAGUGGGCCUCCUUUGAAGCCAACAAGGGCAAAACGUUUUCGAAGCCGCAGAGCAGCGGUGCCGGCACAGCGGCCGCGGAGAAGGGCGAUGCCGAUGAAGAGGCUGCGCCGGUGAAGGGGGAGGCGGCGGCGGACGGGGAUGACAAGAAGGCGUCUGGCAGGAAGCUGAGCCAGACGCAUCAGGUCAUGUCGCAGACAUUGAAGGAGCGAGAGCACAUGCGGGCAUUGCUGCACAUGUGCCUGCGCCACAACGCCGAAAAACGCAAGCAGGGCCAACACGCCUUCCUCAACCACCUCAAUGCCAAAAUGAGUGAGGACGACGUGGACACCCGCAACCUCGAGCGCCUUCGCGGGUCGGCGCACCACUCCGUUCUCUACGCCCUGUCGCGCCUAUUGCUCGGCAUGGUGACAGACGACUUUGCCAUGCUGUGUCUCCACUGUCACGCUUUGUUCCUCGUCAUGACGCAGACGACCAUUAGCCCCGCCGUCGUGCUGGAGCUGAUGGACGAGGAGUUCGCGCUGAGCACGCGCAUGAAGGCGGUGAAGCUGCGCCUCGAGUCCCGCUCUUGCCGCCGCGACGGCGAGGACGACGAUGGCGGCAUCGACCCCGACGAUAUCAGCGACCCGACCAAGGGCGAGCGCAACCAGCGCCUCAUGGCAACUGUGUUCGCACUGGGUGCCGUGGUGGCUUCCCAGAAGCGCCUCAGCCUACCAGAAGCGUCUCAGCUCGCCACGGUGCUCGCCUUCGCCUACGUGGAGCAGAAAGCGACGCGCGUGCUCUCGGCUAACGUUCUGUUCCAAGUGCUGGCGCAGCACAGCGACGUGUAUCAGCAGGAGGAGCCGCUGCAGUGGCUGACGUUCGCCUUCUUCCACUACCCCAAGAUGGAGUACUUCCGACCGGAGGCGAUACAGCUGUUGCUGCGCCUCAUGGAAACGGACACGAAGCCGCCGGCGCGCGUACUGCCCGCCACGGUCGAGGAAUACCUCACCCUCGACCCGCUCAGCCCCACGACGAUGGAACAGAUCAGCAACGCUCUGUUCCGCAAGGAGCAGGUGACAGCCUACCACCCUAUGGUGCACCCAGUGUGGCACGACAUUUUUCAGCUCGUCGUGCGCCGCGUCGCUAUGGGUGAGUCGAUAAAGGAGCACGUUGGCACGAUCCUGCACAACAUGAUCGUGCCGUACCGCCGUGGUAGCGCUGAUGUCCCACGCCGAGCGCUCUUCCAGAACCUGGUGACCGAGCUGGGUUAUAUCGCGGUGCAGUCCGACGACGCCGAGCAGCGUAUGGAAGUGCUGAAGCUGGCGAGCACGCACGUCGGGUACGGCAAGCGCACAUCAGCGAAGGCGACACCGAUGCAGGAGCUGAAGAAGAUGCCCAUCUCCGCCCUCCACCGCAAGGUCGAGGACCUCCUCCGUCAGUAUGCCAUGACUGCCGACUCGGACCCGGCCGCCGUGACGAACCGUACGUGGGUUCUGCGAGAGCUGCGCAACUGUCUCUACGUACCCGUGCGCGAAGGCGUCGACCAUGCGUACGUGGACGCGGCGGUGAUGCGGCUGCUCGAGUUUGGUCUGUUCCCUCCGCGACACUCGCGCGACACACUCAGUCAGAACCGCUGCAUCUACCUCUUCGCCGACGUCUACUCCUUCACCUUCCAUGGCCCGCUGACCCGCCCAAAGAGCUCUGUGGCCGCUACGACGAUCAUCAGUGCUUACCUAGCGGCAGAGGAGAAGUCGAAGACGCGCUACACCACGGCUGUGCAGCAUAGCAGUUUCCGUAAGUCGCGCAACCGAGUCGUCGAGGCGCUCGAGGCAGCUGAUGAGCAGCGCAGCGUCCUCUUCUAUGAACGGGCGGACAUGGACAUCCUGCUGGUGCUGCUCUUUCUCAUGCUCAGCGUCGACGACCCGACGAACAGAGACGCCAUGGUGAUAGCCAAGAGCGUCAUACCUGACUUGGCACAGUUCUACACCGCCGGCACGCUGGAGACGCUUGACCUGUUCCUCGAUGCCCUCAUGGCCCUCCUCAUGCGCACGAGUGCGCCGCUGCACGUGAUGCCGCUCAUGACGUGUGUACGGCGCAUCGCGAUGGGCUUCAUCCUGAAGUUCGCGAAGUUCAUUCGGACGAAGAGCACACUGGACAUUCUGCUGGCGCCGCUGAAGGAUGCGUACCACACGGACAGCCGGGAGCAGGCCCGCCAGCGCAAGGCAAAGCAGGCGGCCGGGGACGGUGACGGGCAAAGCUCGAGCGACGAGGAUGGCGGCGAUGCGGGCGCUUCCUCCGACGGAGACAGCGUGGACGGUGACGACGGUGAUGAGGCAGCCGAGGGCGGUGUUGGCAGCAGCGAGGACGACGCGAGCAGCUCUGUCGAGGAAUCGUCCACGGAAACCGUCUCCGCCACUGCCAGCGACUCGGAGGCGGGGACGUUGGAGGAGGAAGAGGACGACGAGGCCGUGGCGGACGAGGUCACCGACGCGGAGUCGAGCGAGGGCGACGACGAGGGCGCCUUCGAAGAGGAGGAGGCGCCGACGCAGCAGUACAUCGACGCGCUGAAAGGCAUGGUUGGCGGCAUGGACCUGGAUCAUGUUUACCCCACCGGCACCGCCAGCCAGGAGAAGGCGGACGUGGUGCGUGCCAUUCGCCUCGCUACGCGCGUUGGUCUCGCCAUGCGCAGCGCCGAGGUGGUGCACGUGUAUCAGGUGCUGCUGGCCGUUGCCCGUGAGAACGUGAAGACGGCCGACGACGUCGUCUUCCACAGCGCUGUCUCCUCGCUGGAAAUGUUGCUGCUCACCAAGAACCGAUACUUCGGCUCCUUUGUGGCGGCGACAGAUCUGUUCCAGCUGCUCGGCGACAUCCAGAGCUACCUGCGCAAGCUCAGCCGUGUGCUGGUGAGUAAAGACGGCGUUAUGGCGAAGGCAGCCGCGGCGGCUCGUCGCCGCCUCAUCACGGUCAAGGGCAUCGCGCUGCGCGUGUUCCACUUUGUUGCGAUGCUGGCCAGCAAGAACCAUGCCGGCGAGGAGGUGCGUAUUGUUUUGAGCGAGUACUACAAGUCUGUGUUUUGUGACCGCGGCUGGGACACGAAGAAGCUGCUGCCCUCGCUGAAGAAGGACCUCUACCACUACCGCCAAGGCUUUGCCUGGGCGCUGCUUCCUGCCGUGCUUGAGAAGAACGAGGAGGUGCUUCCCUUGGAAGGCCCGCAGCGCGUACGCGUCUUCACCGGCUGCUGUGUCUUUGUCGAGGCGAUGCUGCCGCGGCUCAGCGGGCUGCCCGGCGAGCUGAAGCGCAGCGCUAGCGCCGCCAUCUGCGGUUUCGUGCAGUCUGUCCCAGUGGCGCAGGUCUUUGCCAUGAAGCACACCCUUCCGUACAACUACCUGCACAUGGUGAAGAUGGUAUUGCAGUACAACAGUCGCGUGCAACUCGACACCGCAUGGGUCGCGUCCGCGGUGAUCGUGCCGGCGGUGGACGACGACGACAUUUUGCUGUCCGCCGCCUCCAUUCGGCUGCUGGGCGCGAUGGAGCGCAUGUUGGGCCUCACCCCGCGUGCGAGAGAGACAAAGGCACCGUCGCCGGUGAAGCUGCUGUAUGAGCAGUUCGCGAAGCGGGGUGCGAAGGCGAAGAGCGAUUUCUACCGCCGCGCGAAGAAGGUGCGCAGCCGUGUUCUCAAGGCCCUGCUGGCGCACCGCAACGACGACCCGACAGACGAGGAGCGGUCAGCGAAGCGGCGGCGCAAGGAGGAGCUGAAGAUCGAGGAUCGCCUGCAGCGUCAGGUUCUUCGCAGCGCCCGCACCGAAGCUCUCACGAAGGAGGAACGAGAGGAGAAGCGCAAGCGCAUCAUGAUGGCGAAGCAGGAGCGCAUUGCCAAGAAUCGCGAGCGCAAGCGUCGCCUACACGAGGCCCGCCAGCGCUCGUUUGAAAAAUGGCGCCAAGCGAAACUCGCGGCAGCCUCGCAGGUGACCGAGGACGAUUAA